AUGUCUUCAAUUGUCAAGGUGAGAUUUGCAAAUAUGUGGGAUUUAAUGGGAGCGACAUGUCAAGCAAUAGAUAAAAAUCUGGGAUGUGGGCUAUGGUACAUCACAAGACCGACACUGGUCAUCUCCAUAUCUCCCACACAUCUGUCCCUGAUAGCUGUUCAUGGUCUCGAUGCCUUCGACUAUGAAGAUGACAGCGACGGUGGAGGUGAGAGUGGUGAUCACUAUAGCAGCUGCUGGUAA